CAAACAUCCUGUAGCCGCCCGGGAUAACGCAAGCCACUCAACCCAUCAAUCAACCCGCAUCGAAACGAUGUGUUUUCUGGGUUGAUGAUCCAAAAUCCUGCAUCUGGCCUCUGUGCCACUUGCCUUCAUUUUGGCCCGCUUUAAAUCAUGUCAGCCCGGCUCAGAUCUCAUCUUUCCCUUGACCUCGUUGUCUCCUUUGCUGCGCCGCCAGGGUCCCUAUGUCGCAGUCCUCAUCGUUGACGCCCAAUGGCUUACCGGCAACGUGACCGCCUGGCGACCGCGGCCGUGUGCCUUGUACUCUGUUUACUGACCACACUCGUCCGCCCUGCCACUGCUCUUCAGACCGUCCCUGGAUCCCCUUGCCAGUCCACAUGUGCCAGAGCCGGCAAUCUCCAAGACAAUGUCGUUUGUCUCGACGCUGAUUAUGGCGAAAGCGAGACCGGUCGCCUCUACCGAGAAUGCGUCUCGUGCCAACUCAACAGUACCGCCAUCGACACUGGCAAGAACGAGACCGACGUCGAAUUUGCAUUGAUAGCCCUACGCUAUACCCUCGCAGGGUGCAUGUUUGCCAUUCCGCGGCCCUACAUCUCCAUCAGCAGUCCAUGUCAAGUAUCCUGUCAGCCUCUCAACGACUCUAUCGGCUACCAGAUCACAGAAGAUGAUAGCCAUCUGGAACCAACGGACGACUUCUGUCGAGCUGGCAUUUUCCCCAGCAAAGUCAUCGAUAGCUGCGCCUUUUGCUAUAGUCUGAUUCCCCAGCAGCUAUUUCUGGCCAACUUUCUGCAAGCCCUCCACAUUGUGUGUGUGCAGCCCCCCACUCCGGGAAAACCAUUUUUCCCCGACGGUCGAGCCAUCUUCAACGAGACCCUGAUAGCUGGGCCUCCCCCGCCAUCAGAGCACAAACCAUCCAGCGGUGGACUUCGAGGCGGAUCCCUGGCGCUUGCGAUUGCGCUUCCCAUUGUGGGUGGAAUCCUCAUUAUCGGAUCUACUUGCUGGUGCUGUUACAUCUUCACGCGAAAACGGCGCCGGCAAAUGGCACGAACAGGGCGAAUGAGCAGGAUCCAUGAUGCCCAGGCCGAACAGACAAGCCCCUCCGCCGCCAACUUCAAAAACAUCGAGGCCACCUGGAGCCAGUCACAGCCCCCGACUGAGAUGCAUGCCAUCUACCCGAUUUCUGUGCAUGGCAAACCAGACAGCCCAGGAGUCUCUCAAGGCCGAUGGAGUCACCAAACACCCCCUUCCGAACAAGCCACCCCAGUCAGGCAUAGCUUCCAAAGAGACGAUGUCGGUCCAGGGAAGAAUCAGAUCCAGGACCCUAAUCUUCAUGAGCUAUAUUUCGGAAUCGAUGAGGAUUCUGACGACAAACCUUCAGUCAACCAGACCAAUGGACAGUACUAUGAUCAACAAGCCAGAAUGCAGAAUCCGAGUCUGACUCUGGGCGAGGAACAAGGUCACAUGACACGUGAUGAUCUUGCAGCCACCUCGCGGUAAAUACUGCGUGGUGACGACGAUGCAGCUACGAAAAUAUGAGGUCGUGGAAAUGAC